UUUGCUCAUGCGCGGAAAUCAGCACGUCUCCUUUCACGCAUUUAGGCAUCUAGUGCCAUUUUUGGAGCAAGGUCUAGCAAAGUAGGAAGGAAUGCAUGCAGGAACACGAAUGUGACUUUCGCGCGACCAGAAAUCAAGACGAUUUUGCUUUUGCGCGUAAAUCGCGCAGUAUAAUGGCGACGCCAACCAACAGCAACGGUAAUCUCGUUGACGAGUUCGAAGAAGCAUUUCAGCAAUGUUUGAGCAUGCUGAUAAAGGAUGAAGGAUUAGUAAGCAAUGGGACUGGCGCUUCUGGUGGUUUGACAGUGGAUAAGGAUGAAGGUCGUGCGGAAAUGGAACAAGCUACGAUGAGGUUUAUAGACCUGGCUAGGCAAAUGGAGGCUUUCUUUCUACAAAAAAGAUUUUUGCUGUCUGCACUGAAGCCUGAGUUGGUAGUCAAGGAAGAUAUCCAAGAACUGAGGAUGGAAUUGGCCCGUAAGGAAGAGCUCAUAAAGAGACAUAAUGAAAAGAUUGUCGUCUGGCAGAAUAUGUUGUCAGAUUUACAGGGAUGGGCGCAAUCUCCUGCUCAAGGUCCAGCUCCUAAUGGAUUAUCCAGUGGAAAUCAAAGUGGGCAAAACCAACAGGCUGGAGGUGGCGGUGGCAAUGCUUCAAUGCAACAGCAACAGCAAAUGUUGCAGCAUCAGCAGCAACUGCAACAACAAUUACAGCAGCAACAGCAUCCACAAUUGCAACAGCAGUUGCAGCAUCCAUUGCAGCAACAGGUGCAGCAGGGUUCUGGUGGCCCGCCGACGUCGGGUCUUCAGGGAGUCGGAGUUCCAGUCAGUCAGCAGGGCAUGUUCAUGGCGCAGGGUGUAGCCGGUGGCAGGGCCGCCGGGUUCCCGGUCGGCGGUAUGGGCAAUAGCGCUCUGCAGGGACCUCUGGCCUUCCUGGAGAAGACAACGAGCAACAUAGGGAUGCCAGAGAGGCGGAGUUGACGCGGAAGGGGGAGGGGCCGGGGUCGGGGUCGUGGAAGAGGCCGAGGUAGAGGUAGAGGUAGCAGCGGUGGCAGUGGCCUACCGCCGCCACCACCGCUUCUCGAUCCUUCAGACCCGUCGUCCUAUGCUGCUGCUGCCGCAGUCGCAGCCGCUGCGGCAGCGCCCCUUCCCUCUCCGCAACAGCAGCCUCCACCACCUUGCACGUAAACAUGUUAUAUGUUGUGUGUGAUGCGGUUUUUUGUUUCUUUCUCUGAAGGAAAAACAGACUUCUAUAGCUUCUUGUAGCUUCCAAAGUGUCGAAUAUACUUGGUUGUUAGACGGGAUUUGUGUUUUGAACUCGCAAAUUUGUUUAUACAAUGCUGAUGGUGACUGUUGAAACGCAGUGAUGAUGUAUGACAAUUAUAUUGGAAUAGAGAUAGGUAUGAUUAAUAUGUACAAAUGUAACUUACGAGCUUACGUUGAGGCAAACGCGUUUUGAUAAAGUGCCAGUUUUAUUGUAUUCAGUACGAACAUCGCAUUUCUCGUGAAACUGUUACUGUAUGCGAGGGAUAGACUUUUUUUCAAUUCUUUUCACUAGUCCCGAAAACUUUAAGACAAGAGCAAGAAUUUAUGCAGGAUAUGUAAAAUUGCGAUCUAGAAUACGGUAGAUAUUUUGUAAUUAUAAGUUAAAUGGCAAUGUGAGACACUUGUACAUAAUGAAAUUAUAUAACACGAGUAAUGUGAUAUUUUUACUCUCUUGUACAGAAGGA